GCCCGAGUUCCGGCAGUGAAGACAUUGUUAUUUCGUGUAGCGCUCCUGAAAGCAGUGCAAAGACAGGGAGAGAGACACGCGGAAGUGAGUGGGACCUGUUGACUGAUGCUGUCAAACUUGAGUGAAGUGUCCAGUUUGGCACAGGUGUGUGAGAGAAGGCAGGAUGAAGAAGAAACGUUCUAAGAUGUCUGAGGAAGAUGAUACUCUUUGCUGCUGUGAGUACAUUAAUCACCAUGGAGAGAAAACUCAUAUACUGGCCAGUUGCUGUGACUGUGCAGAUCUGGAUGAAGCCUGUGACAGGUGCUUGAAGGGUAAAUCUGUCAGCCCACAGACCAUCGAACGAAUAACAGACACGAUUUCUGAUCGUUUGCGGAUUCCAUGGUUAUUAGGUACUGGUGCCAAGAAGAUCGAUAUCACAAUACUUCCGCCUCUUGUUUUCCUUCCAGUCUUCCUUCAUGUCGCGGCUCUUCACAUUGUCUUAGCUUUCAUAAUUUUGACAUCCUUACCAAUUCUAGUGCUUUGGUACUAUUACAUCACUCACCAGAAUAAAGGGCGCACUUUAUUUUUUCUUAGCCUUGGCCUCUUUUCUCUGGGCUACAUGUACUAUUUAUUUGUAACUGAAGUAAUGCCCAAAGGAAAUGUCAACUUUGCACACUUAAUUGUGCUCACUAGUGGUUUGGUAUUAACACUAGUGUGCUUAGCACAAGUCAAGAAAGAUCCAGGCUACCUCAGAACAGACAACACAACCACUCAAAUUAAAGAUGGUGAGACAAAAUACACUUCUUCAUACAGUUUGAACGGUACACACCAAGUUCAGCAGAAGGGCCAGGAUAUUCCCCCAAUAUUGAAUCUAUCUGGCCACAAUGGAAAGCUGCAGUUGGGACACCAAGAAUUGAACAAGAACUGGUGUGCAGUAUGCAAGAUUAUAAGACCACCUCGUUCAGGACAUUGUCGAAUCUGUGCAUCCUGUGUACAAAGGCUGGACCAUCAUUGUGUUUGGAUUAACAGCUGUGUAGGUGAAUCUAAUCACCGUGCAUUUAUUCUGACCCUCUUUGUUUUCCUCCUCACCUCAAUAUAUGGAAUCAGUUUGACUUUGGACACUAUAUGCCGAGGGAGAAGUAUUUUCACAGCUUUAUUCUAUUGUCCUGGAGUCUACCAUGACUACAGUGGAGCGGAAAAUGAUCAAAAGGAAGGGGUUGUCCUCGAUUAGAGUCCAAGAACUGGCAGGACUUCUGCGGUUCAAUGCAGAAGGACUCUGCAAAGAAAAGUGCGAGAAGAACAGUAAAGUUUGCCAAAUGAGUUCGGUCCAGGGUUUUGCACAUUGUCCACAGUUGAAACAACCUGUUAAGCUCUGUGUUAAUUAUUGCCUAGUUUCUCAAUCCUCUUCUCUCAUUUGUAAUACUAAGAUUCCUUCUAGCACAGUACUAAAAUAGAGUAGUAGGAGGUUUUAUGAUACCUUUACAGAUUUUUAAGUUGUGCAGACCACCACCCCAGUAGCUGCAAACUUAAAAUACUAUUUCCUUUUCCUCAGAAAAGGAAUUAAUUAAUUUGAACCUAUUUGUCCAAUUAUAAACUCAAGCUUAAAUGCAUAUUUUUGUUAGUUAUACACUCCAUCUCUGCAUUUGAGGUAUUAAAGCAUGAACCUUCUAGAUAAUUGUUUAGCAGUUUUUACUUAUUGAAAUAUUUGGUUAACUACUUUUGAUUGCAACUGUAAACUGCUGCGCCCUGAAUUUAACAUAAAUCAGGUAGUACUUAAUCUCUAAAAUCACGAUUUGAAAAACUAAGUAGACAGCAUGUAAUCUCCAAUGAGUAGUAAACAGCUUUGUUUUAUGUACUGUAAAAUGCAAGAUACAAUCUAAAAUCUAAUUUUACAAAGAAAGCAACUUCCCAAUUGAAAAUCAGGGAUACGCCUGAGUUAGUUUGGGACAGAGAAUGGUUUAUUGUGAACCCUAAAGAAAGCAAGGCCACUUUUUAGGGGUCAGAGAUAAUGGGAACUGCAGAUACUGGGGAAUCCAAAAUAACAAAGUGUGGAGCUGGAUGAACACAGCAGGCCAAGCAGCAACUUAGGAGCACAAAAGCUGAUG